CUUAACCAACAGAUCACCGAACGCCUAUUAACCCCAGUGUUAUGGUGAUUGGCGGGAGUUAGUGUCGAGGGCACCGGUAUUGUUUGUGUUAUUGUGAGAACAGAGGAAGCGUUGACUCGUGACUGGUCUGCCUAUUGCUGGUGGCUCGGAGUGUAUCCCAAACUUCUAACGAUGCGUUCAAACAAUGGCUGCCACGACCCGUAACAUGACAAAAGGGACACAUCCAUAAUUCAUCUGCUUGCCCUCUCUUAUAACUGAUUGCAAAACAAUCCUUACAUCAGUUGUAGGAGUGUUCGAAGGUUCAACGAAACUUCGAGAGCCAUGGACUACAAGCUAGUUUUGGGCUCUCUCCUUGUCUUCGUCGCUGUUGUUUCAGCGAAAUCGCACAAAGGACUGGUGUCCAAGCGUAGUCCGAACCCAUGUCCUCCCGGAUGUCCAUUGUCAUGCGCUCCGGCCUGUACCGCCGUCUGUUGUGCCCCACCCCCACCACCUCCACUCCCCCCACUGCCACCCGCACUUCCUCCUCCUCCACCACCACCACCCGGUCCACCAGGACCUGACGGACCAAUGGGCUUGCCUGGACCUGCUGGACCCGACGGACCAAAAGGACCCCCUGGUCCACCUGGUCUUCCUGGCCCACCAGGUCUACCUGGACUCCCUGGUGCCCCUGCCGGACCAUCUGGCCGUGACGGACCAAUGGGACCUCCUGGACCUUCUGGUAACCAAGGACCCCCUGGAGAUAUGGGACCAAUGGGACCUCCUGGACCGAUUGGCUUCCCCGGCCCACCAGCUCCACCCGGCCCCCCACCACCAUGCCCUCCUGUUUGCGUGCACACGUGCAUCCGUGCGUGCUCUCCACAGUGCUGCAGCUACGGCAAGAAAAGGUCAUCUAUCCCCAAGACUACCCGUUACCAGUAGAGCACUUUUAUACUUCUCGAACUGAUCAGCGAUUAACCACAUACCACAGGGAGCCCGAGACUCACUCCCGUCCACACCGCAAUUCACGCUAGCUCUCGACUUUUUAUGAGAAUUUAGGAGUUUGAAUUUUCUUUUCGCGAAUAAACCGCUGUUUUUAAAGAUCUGCAUGGCCACGCGAUCUCCGCUCGUUACAGCACUUAUUGUAUAUUUUUGAGUAAAUUGUUUGAAGGUCGAUGUUGUACCUGUGUCAAUAAUGGGACGAUGUCACGCUCACAUUGAGAUGCGAUAGAGUCAAAUAAAAAAAAACUAAAAAUA